AUGGGAAUAACGAAUGCACUAUCUGAAGCAUUACAAAGGAAGGAUCAAGAUAUUGUGAAUGCUAUGGGUCUGGUCAAAGUUUCCAAGCAACAAUUACAAGCUACUAGGGAAGAUGGAUGGGAUUUUUUACUUGAUGAAGUUUGUUUGUUUUGUGAAAAACAUGAGAUCAUCAUUCCGAAAAUGGAUGAAAUGUUCAUUACUAGUGGGAGAUCUCGAAGAAAAGUUCAGCAAAUUACAAACCUUCACCACUAUCGAGUUGAGCUAUUUUGUGCUGUCAUAGAUUUACAACUCCAAGAACUCAACAAUCGUUUCAAUGAAAUCAAUAUGGAGUUGCUUCUGUGUAUGGCAUGCUUGAACCCAAGUGAUUCCUUUGCAGCAUUUGAUAAGAAAAAGUUGAUUCGUCUUGCAGAACAUUAUCCUUGUGAGUUUUCUAAGUUGGAUAUUCUUGCACUUGACACUGAAUUGGAUACUUAUAUUAAUGACUUGAAAUCAGCUAAGGAAUUUCUCGAUUUAAGAAAAAUCUCUGAUCUAGCUCAAAGGUUGGUGGAGACUAAGAGAGAUAUUGUGUAUCCAUUGGUUUAUAUGCUCUUAAAGUUGGCUUUGAUUUUGCCUGUUGCUACAGCUACAGUAGAAAGAGCUUUUUCAGCUAUGAAUAUAGUGAAGAAUUGGUUACGAAAUAGAAUGGGAGACACUUGGAUGAAUGAUUGUUUAGUUACUUAUAUUGAGAAAAAUAUACUUCGUGAAAUUAAAAAUGAGAAAGUUGUAAACCGUUAUCAAAAUAUGAAAACUCGUCGUGAACAAUUGUAA